AGAAAAGACACGCGGAAAUAAAACGAAGUUUGCUGCAGAUUGCUUGACAGUAUCUGUUGUUUCACUACAAUGUCAGACGUGGAGUGGGGAUGCUGUAAAAUGAUCAGGCAAUAAGUUGCUGUUGCUGUGAGACAAAACUCGCAUGAACGCAAAUUUUCAGACGAAAAGAUUCCAGAUUUACUGCCCCAAAAUUAAUACGCUUUUCCUGACUAAAUCCUUGGUCUGAGCAAUUCCCAGCACAAUGGCUCUAGAAACCGAGAAGAGAAACCUCCUCAUUUUUUUCGGUGUGCUAGCUUGCAUCCUGAUAGGUACACAGAUCUUCAGCUACAACAAGCUGACGAGUAAACCCAGCAUCAGAGAAACGAGCCUCACAGGUAACUUUGGAGAGACUGACCAGCUCACGACCAAAGAUGGCCCGUCGCAGCAGGCUCAGCAAGUUGGGGGACAACCCGCACCCCUGAAAACAGCAACCAAGGACAGUGAAAGCACAGUGGCUGGCGUCAAACGCGCAAGGGUCUUCUUUGAUAUUGCGCCUUUCGGCGAUCACCAGGGCGGAAGGAUUGUAUUUGAGCUAUACAAUGAUAUCACAGCAGCCACUGCGGAGAACUUUAGGCAGCUGGCCACUUGUGAGCAUGGCGUUGGGACCAAUGGAAAGCCUCUUUGCUACAAGGGAAGCACAUUCCACCGCAUCAUUCCCAAUUUCAUGAUCCAAGGAGGGGACUUCACAAAGGGGGAUGGCACGGGCGGAGAGAGCAUAUACGGCUCAAAGUUUGAUGACGAGAACUUCAAGAUGAAGCACACAGAGCCUGGCACCCUGAGCAUGGCAAAUGCCGGCAAAAACACCAACGGCUCACAGUUCUUCAUCACAACUGUGGCGACGCCCCAUCUGGAUGGCAAGCAUGUGGUGUUUGGGCGUGUCAUAGAGGGAAUGGACUUGGUGCAUGAGAUUGAGUCUGUGGGCGACAGCAGCGGCAAACCACGCGUACCUGUCACCAUAGCUGACAGUGGAGAGCUGACUGGCUUCUGA